UGGCGGAGAUCAGCUCCCCCGGAGAACAGGGCUGCUUUGAAGAGUGGACUCUAUGGCAUUGUACCCUCCCCCCCCCCCCCUCUCCUGGAUCCUUCCCCAAAGCCUCCAGGUAUUUUCUAGGGCAGACCCGGCAACCCUGAGCUCUCUCCCCACAGCCAUUGCCCAGGUUCCGGCCGUCGUUCCAGGCGGGACCGUUAAGCAAGAGGUUGAAGGCGGUGAGGAAACGAGACGACGCGAUGAGGUUCCGCCUAGCUUUGCUCUUCCUUAGCGCCGGCCUGCUUUUGAGCUUCGAUUGUCAAACAUUUUUACAUAUCACUUACCCAAGGAAGAUACCAACCAAUCUAACAGAAGAUGAGCUAGCAGAAGAUGCGACCACAGUAUCCUAUAGUAUUCCUAUAGAACAGAAGAUAUACACAGUGCAUCUAAAGCAACAAACUUUUUUGCCUGAUGACUUCAUGAUUUAUACAUAUAAGAAAGGGGGGUUUGUGUAUCCCGUUUCCCCUCAUAUUCAGAGAGAUUGCUUCUAUCAAGGAUAUAUUGAAGGGUUCCCCAACUCUCUUGCAAUAAUCAGUACCUGUUCUGGGCUCAGAGGGCUGCUGCAGUUUGAGAAUUUCAGCUAUGGAAUUGAACGUUUGGAGUCUUCCACUCACUCUGAACACAUUAUUUUUCAAAUAAACAACAAAGAUCUCAAGGGUUCAGUGUUGUUAGAUGAUUUCAUACCUAUAACAGGAGAAGAAGAAAACAGAGAGAUCUCUCAUAAGCUCCUUUCAGAUGCUGCACCACCUCAAUCAAUCACUGAAUUGCAUAGAUACGUGGAAAUGUAUGUCGUUUUGGACAAGGAUUUGUAUAACUAUUUGGGUAGAAAUGAAGAUAUUGUAACUGAGAAAGUAGCCCAGAUCAUUGGCUUUCUCAACAGUAUGUACUCCAGUCUUAAUACAACAAUUGUUCUGUCUUCCUUGGAGUUCUGGACAGAUCAUAAUAAAAUCUCCAUUUCAGGAGAGGUGGAUGUAUUAUUGGAAAGAUUUUUACAGUGGAAAAAUUCGUACCUUGUUUUACGACCACAUGAUACAGCGUAUUUAUUUGCUUACAGGGAGAAGCCUAACUACAUAGGAUCAACAUUCUCAGGAAAGCUGUGCCUGCGGAACUAUGAUGCAGGAGUUGCUCUGUACCAAAAAUCUGUAAACUUGGAGAUAUUUUCGGUUAUUGUUGCACAAUUGCUAGGCCUGAGCCUCGGGAUGGACUACGAUGAUAAUAAGAGCUGUCAGUGUCCAGGGCCCAUCUGUAUCAUGAACACUGAAGCAAUACAUUCAAAUGGAAUUAAAGCCUUUAGUAGCUGCAGCAUUGAAGACUUUCAACAUUUCAUUAAACUCAGGGGUGGAUAUUGCCUUUCCAAUAGGCCACAUUUACAACAGCACUAUAAGAGAAGUGAAAAGAGCAGUUCAUUUUGUGGGAACCAUAUUGUAGAAGCUGGAGAACACUGUGAUUGUGGUUCAACACAGGAAUGUAUGAAGAGCAAAUGUUGCACUCAUGACUGUAAAUUUCAAGCAGGAGCUGUAUGCAGUACUGAACCAUGCUGCCGAAAUUGCAAGUAUAUGCCAAGCAACACAGUAUGUAGAAAGGCAUUUGAUCAUGCUUGUGAUUUUCCUGAGUACUGCAAUGGGAGUUCUGCAUCCUGCCCAUCUGAUGUUUAUGUCCAGAACGGACACACUUGUGGUGGCAACACUGGUUACUGUUAUGCAGGAGGUUGCCAGUCGGCUGAUCUACGCUGUCGGGAACUCUUUGGUCCAAGUGCAAGAAGUGCUCCACAUGUAUGUUAUGAAGUAAUUAAUCGUCAGGCAGAUAGGUUUGGACACUGUGGGACUGAUCCAUCAGAGGGUUAUAAGCCUUGUUCAAAUCAGGAUUUCAGAUGUGGAAAGUUAAUUUGCCUGUAUCCAAGCAAUGUUCCUUUUGUUAAAAUAAAAGUUCCUGUCCUGUAUACUCCAGUGAGAAAUAUUAUUUGUGCAUCCCUGGACAUGAAACAGUCAGAAACUUUGCAAGACCCUCUGCUGUUAAAAGAUGGUACAAAAUGUGGACCUUCUAAAGUUUGUAUCAAUCAAGUGUGUGAAAACUAUGAAAUCCUGAAAUAUGAUUGUAAUCCUAAAGAAAAAUGCUCUGGACAUGGAAUUUGCAACAAUAACAAAAAUUGCCAUUGUGAUCCCGGAUGGGCUCCUCCAGAUUGUAAGAUGAAAGGAAGCCACCUCGGAGGAAGCAUUGACAGUGGGAUUCACUUUUUGAAAAAUGAGAUCACUGAAAGAAGCUUGCCAGUCAAUACGAAGAUGUGGUUGCUCCUAAGCUUUUUGCUCUUUCUGCCUGUUGUUGUUGGGUCAAUCAUUCUGGUUGUCAAGUGGAAAAGAUACAAUGAUUACGUUGCUGAAGAGGGUGACUUGCAAGACUAUCAAUCAGAAGACAUCCGCAUGUCUGACAAAGAAAGUUUUCUGCCAGCAGCAGUGGCUACCAAGACCUAAUGCAACCAGACCUGGCGGGGGUUCCUGCUGAGCAGGGAAGAAAAUGAGACAAGAAGAUCGCUGCCCACUGUUGUCCAACUCUUUGCCUUGUCAUUGCUUAAUAAAUAUCUGCAUGCUCAUAAAGCUCAAAUGAGCAUUAUCUGAA